UGGAAUUAGAGUAGAAUAGAAAUUUUUAGUGAUGUUUUGAUCAUUCGGAAGCAUCGCAUGUGCAUUGCAUGUUUAUUCGUCGAAUUGCAAUCAUGUUUCCGUCUGAUUGUGAUCGAGGUUUCGGCACGUAGUGAAGUAGGGUCGUUGAUUUGGGUCUCCAUUCCUGAGUUGUUCUUGUGUUUCGUUCGCCGUAUAUCUUUUUUUCAAUCGUAAGUACUUGAUAGAUAUGUGAUACUACAAGAAAGUACAGCCGGAGUGCCGUAUACCAUCACUUAUCGCAGAUUCGCGCUCGUCCACAUGAUUGUCGUCCUUCGUCAUCGUUCUGUAGAAGUUUUCGUUCAUCAUAUAACGUCGUCAGUCUCUGUUUCGUCCGCCAUGGAUACAGGCUGAAGCUAUGUACGAAACAAAAGAAGUAAACAAACGAAGUAGAUGUAGAUGUCACGAAGUAAACAAACGAAGUAGAUGCUAGCUGUUCCUGUUCCCAACUUCGCGCUGGACGAGGUCCACCACAAGGAUGAGCCGAAAAAACCAAGAGGAAAGAAGAAACCAAAGCGGAUGACCAACACCAGGAAAAAGGGCGGCGCCACGAACACUCACGCCGACAAUGGGGCUGAAUGCGACGGAGUCCCUGCCGCCCCCCCGGACGACCGUUCUGCUAGCUCCUGCCCAGCAUCUUCUGAAAAGAAGAAGGCGAAAAGAGAGAGUCAGAACCUGCGCUCUAAGGCCGACCGCAAGGUGCUUUUAUAGUGCUUCUUUUUUAUUUUCACAUGGAAAGAAAAAGAAAGGAAAGAAAUGGAAAUCGUAUUCAGAAUCUUCAUCUUCAGAGGGACUACCAUGCGUAUGAAGAACAAAUCAGACAUUGCCAUUGGCAUUGUUAUGUCAGAUUUUCAAUUUCAUUCGCAACAUGACCUCAGGCACACUUCGAAAACUUUGUUGAAGAGCGCGCUCGUCGCACCGGCGAAAACUGGUCAAAAUACAACAAGAAGAAAGAAGAGGCUGAAGCCGACGAGGUACUAGGAGGCUUCAUGGACCAGGGAAAGCAAGAGAAGGAUGACGAAGAGCUACUAACGGUUCUGGCGGAAAUCGGUGGCCUGAUGUCCCUAGGUAUAUCAACGUAAUUAGCGUUUAAAUUGAGUUCAAAAUUAUUCGUGUGCUAGGUACAUAUUCGUACAAGAGCCCACUUUGUUUGGGUUAGCACAAGAAGCCUCUUCUGGUCGUUCUCCGUGAUGUCAUAUCCAGCAUAGCAAGUACACACUAGCACUUUUUAGCCCGAUUGCGAUCAACAUGACUCAACUUCCAAGAACGAUUUUUACACCUCAACAGACUCCCCGGAGAGCAGGAAGAAGGAGUUUCGUAGGCUGCAGCUGAAAUAUCAUCCUGACAAGAACAUCGGUCGAGAACCAGACGAGCAGCGGCGGGCUGCCAAAUGCUUCCUGAUGUUGAUGAAGACCAGCUCUCAGUUCUGGGAAGCGCAGUGAUGGGAGACCAAUCGGUCUUGGAUUGGAGAUCAUCGACUUCUACUUGAGCGUUUUACAGAAUGGACCGCGAAAUUCAUUGCCAGCUGCGAAUCGGGAUCGCCUGACUUUUGCUCGUUCUCUUUUCCCGUUUGGAGCGGUUGUAGCUCGAAGCAGGAAGUGGAACCCGUGUAAAGUUAUAUUGCAGCAUUUCUAUCUAUGUGCCCCCCUCGGCGCGGUUUUAGCGCGGAGAGGAGCGUCCUGCUGCGGUGGCAAACCACCCACCUAACCACGUUUUAUUUCCAUUUCAACCACUGAGAUUAGAUUGAUAUAUAUUUAGAAGCAAGCAAAAAGACUCUGUAAGAUACAUUGACCUCGUCCUUGCUGUUUUUCCUCACAUCGCGAUUACUUUUAACACAUGUGAUCGGGUUUUCGUUUUUUUCAACGUACGUUCGCAGAGCAUAAAGCAUAAACGAAUCAUCAUCUUCCAGAAAACAAAUUCCGUUUCACACCAAGCUCUUCAAAUAUUUAUUUGUGAUAUGUCAUUUAUGCGUCGAGGUGGGAACGUGUUUACUCACCUUUUUUCCCUAGCGCUAUUUCGAUAAAAGUCCCCUCUUGCACCAGAUGAACAAGAAGCACUGAAAAAACCGGAACUGCGACAGCUCUUGUGCUCUCUUAAAAAAUGGAAGCAUCAUCAUGCGCUCAUCCUGGUCUCGCAACCCGACGACCUUGAAGAUGAAGCAGACUUUCAUGAGCCAGAAAUACUAGAAAUCAAACACGAUGACUAUGAGGCAUUACC